UUGUACCUGUUAUCAUUGAAAAAAAAGAAAGCCAUGCCAGAGUGUCGUAAUAAAAAAAACAUCCAAACCAUAGAUGAAUGUCAAGAUCCAGCAUGGUUAACCAAGGAUUUUCUUCAGGAAAAACUGAGAAUCUAUUUCAAAGAUCCAAAUUUAGAGAUCAUAUCGAUGGACCUGACUCCAGCGAUUCCAAAAGGUGAGAACUUUGGAGGUAUCCUGACUCGAGUUUCGGUUGAAUAUAUGAUGCGUGGUGAUCAUGAACCAAGAACUGGAUCAUACGUCGUCAAGUGCUCUUUCGAAGGAGAUGAAUUUGCUGCUGAAAAAAUGGAACCCUACGAUAUUUACAACAGGGAAAUGGAAAUCUACCAGAAUAUCAUACCCAAGUUGAAUGCUUUGCUAAAAGAAAUCGGUGAUACGGAUAAAAUGUUUCCAGAAACUAUUGCCGUUGAAUUUGAUCGUUGCGCAAUUGUAUUUGAAGACCUUACAGCACUUCAGUACUCAAUGUGUGAUAGGACAAAGGGGUUAGACAUGGAACACGCAAAAUUCUGUCUCAGGAAACUGGCCAAAAUGCAUGCUACUUCUGCGGUCUUGAAUGAACGUCAACCAGGAAUUUUCAAAUCCUACGAUCGUGGCAUGUUCAAUAGACACACAAACAGUUAUAGUCCGUUAUAUGUAGGACUUUUGGAUGCUUGUGGCAAGAUGGUAAGCCAGUGGGAUGAUUUCAAGGAAUAUGGUGAAAAAUUAUUGGCUUUAAAGCCUAAACUGAUGGAAUAUGGUAAACAAGUCUUCGAUGUUAACGAUGAUCAUGUAAAUGUGUUAGCUCAUGGAGAUUUUUGGAUAAACAAUGCCAUGUUUAAAGAAGGGCCAAAUGAGCAUCCAGAUGAUAUUAUUCUCAUUGAUUUCCAGUACAGUUGUUGGGGUUCACCUGCUAUUGAUUUGCAUUACUUUUUCCACUCAUCCCUGAGAGAAGAAAUUCGAAUGCAUCAGCAGGACGAACUUUUCCAGUAUUACUAUGAUAUCUUUGCAGGAACAUUGAAGGCUCUUCGGUUCAAAGCUAAAAUUCCCAGCUUGCAUCAGUUCCUAUUGCAUAUGACAGAGAAGAGUUUUUAUGCUUUCACAACAGGAUGUCUGGUUCAAGUAGUCCACCAAACCGAUCAUGUUGAUGCUGAUUUUCACGCUUUAAUGGGCGAAGAUGAGCGGGCGAUGAAGUUUAAAAAAGAAAUCUUCGAAAACGAAAGAACACAAAAGAAUCUUAAAAGGCUUUUACCGAUGUUUGAUCGUAAGGGUCUUUUGGAUCAUAGGGAUUAAGUGUUAUUCCGGAAUUGGGGAACAAAAGUAUUAUUAAUUAGCUCAAUUGAUCUCUCGAAUGUGUGUGAUCUUAAUGCAACGCAAUGUUGAGAAUAUAUAGUUUUAGGGGUUUUUGAAGAUAUUUUUUUAAGAAAUAUAAUAAGUUGUUAAGGGUGGUUUUUUUUUUUUUGAUAAAUAA